GACUACUAAUAGUAGACCUGGGGCACAACUCCAUAUUCCCCGGCACGAGACGGCCCGAACCUCGCUCAUUCGCCAAGUCAUCGCUCGACAUGCGUGCAAUCCGUCACCUUCAACAUUCCGUUGGGCUUAUUACACCUUCAAAGUUUCCAGUGAAAGGGCGACUACGAACAUCCUUGGGACUCGCCCACGCUUGUUGGCCCUCUCCUUCCCGUUCGAUUAGCAUCCCCGCCGGCCAACCGGAGAUCGGACCUCGGCUGUCGUCAUCCGCACGCUCACUCAGUUCUAGAGCGCUCACGAUGGCUGCGAACACAUCGGGCGUCGAGGACCCCAUUGUGAAGGCACUGCAGGAGUACACAACAUGUGAUAUCUCGGACGCUCUCGUCAAGCUGAACCAUCCCAAUGGCGGCUUUCUGCCCGGCAUCACCAUGUGGUCACCCCAGCGCCAAGACGGGCCGACCAAGAUUGUCGGACCGGCGUACACGGUGCAGUACGCGCCCAAGGACGACGAGAGACCCAAGUGGCCCAGUCACUACAUCGACUCGGUACCGGCCGGAGCGGUGGUGUUCGUGACAUCCACCCGCGCAACCUCCAACGCUCUCUACGGUGGCCUGAUGAGCACCCGGGCCAAGGCCAGCGGUGCCGUGGGUUCUGUCAUUGACGGCCGCUUCCGUGACCUGCAGGAGCAGAAAGACCUUAACUACCCGAUCUUUGCGCGAGACGUAGGUACCACGCCUCCUGGCUCGCUGCUAAAGGUUGUCGCAGUCAACGAGCCGGUCAGAGUCAGCAACGACGGGCAGGACAUUGUCAUCAACCCCGGGGAUUAUCUUGUUGGCGAUGUGAACGGGGUGGUCGUCCUCCCGAGGGGGCUUGCCGAGCAGGCAUUGCCGCUCAUGGCCAAGCAGGUCGAGGCGGACUCCAAGAUGGCCGUGGAGAUUCAGCAGGGUAUGACCUUCACCGAGGCCAGCAAGAAGUUCAGAUCUUGACCGGCACGUGAGGUCAAAUAUUAAUCGUUCCCCGACAAGAGUAAUAAGGGAAUUAGAUACUCGCCAUUUUGCAAACUUUUUUUUUAAACAAAAAAAAAUUCUCCAACCCAUUUCGAAGGUGGCC